UUUAGUUUUAACCUUUUAGCUAGUGUUAAUGAGGUAAUUUCUUAUAAUCUGAUGUUACAAAUAAAUAUCAUAAAAAUAACACAACCACUCUAAAUUUCCGGUGAAGAGACCCACGUGCCUGCCUCUUUGACUCUAGGCCGCCAUCAUGCCAGGAAAAGUUACAAAACGCAGCAAAGGUCCCGUAAAGAAGGGGAAGGGCAAAGGCCGCAAGAAGCGAGUCACCCUCCACUAUAUGGUGGACUGCACACACCCUGUUGAAGAUGGCAUCAUGGAUGUAGCAAGCUUUGAAAAAUACCUCCAUGAAAGGAUCAAGGUUGAUGGCAAAACCAACAACUUUGGCAACAAUGUCACACUGGAAAGGAAGAAGAACAAGAUUGAACUUACCUCUGAAAUCCCCUUCUCAAAGAGGUAUCUGAAGUAUUUGACAAAGAAGUACCUAAAGAAAAACAACCUCCGAGACUGGCUCCGAGUGGUGGCCAGUACAAAAGAGGCCUUUGAACUGAGAUACUUCCAGAUCAACCAGGAUGAAGAAGAAGAGGAGGGUGACGAGUAACUUGCGUCUCAUUAACAAUGUUACUUUGUAUCUUGUGAAGGCAAUAAAGACAUUUAUUGCA